GCCCGAGCAGCGCCGGGCACUGCGGGCUCCAGCCCCGCCGCAUCCUGCGAUCCUGCGCCUGCUCGGGGGCCGGGGAUGCGCCGCUCCCCGCGCUCCCCGCGCCCCUCUCCUCCUCAUCCCCCCUCUCCUCCGCCAGCCGCACUGAUAGGACUUGACAGCCCUUGUCCUUGAAGGUUUCUCCCGUUUCUGAGUCCAGAGGAAGAAAUGACCAUGUAGAUUCUACAGCUUGGGUGCAGCAUAAUGGGAAAUGGUGAAUGGAGUGGAGCUGGUCUGCAGCCUUGAGAGUUCUGUGACCUCCAGCCAGUCAGGGACAUCCUCCACGCCAGGAGCAUCCUCCAGUCACUCGCCGGACACCCGCGGGAUUCUUUUUAAUUUCUCACGUUGGAAUUCAAGAUUCCUCUCCUUCGAUUUUUAAACAGUUUUAAGAUUGUAUCAGCUACAACGAGUGGAGCAAUAUAACCAAGCCACGAUGGGUGACAUGACAAAUAGCGAUUUUUAUUCCAAGAACCAAAGAAAUGAGGCCAACCAUGCAGGGGAGUUUGGGUGCACACUGCAGGAACUGCGCUCCCUCAUGGAACUCCGAGGGACAGAAGCAGUAGUAAAAAUUAAAGAGACUUAUGGGGAAACAGAGGGGCUCUGCAGACAUCUGAAGACAUCACCAACAGAAGGAUUAGCGGGCACUGCUGCAGACCUAGAAAAAAGAAAGCUUAUUUUUGGAAAAAAUUUUAUACCUCCAAAGAAGCCAAAAACAUUCAUACAGCUAGUUUGGGAAGCAUUGCAGGAUGUGACUCUUAUAAUCUUGGAAAUUGCAGCCAUCAUAUCUUUGGGGCUUUCGUUUUAUCAGCCACCUGGAGAAGGGAAUGAAGGGUGUGGUACUGCAACAGGGGGAGCUGAGGAUGAGGGGGAGGCCGAAGCUGGCUGGAUUGAAGGUGCUGCCAUCCUCCUGUCUGUCAUCUGUGUUGUGCUGGUCACUGCCUUCAACGACUGGAGCAAGGAGAAGCAGUUCCGCGGGCUGCAGAGCCGCAUCGAGCAGGAGCAGAAGUUCACCGUGGUGCGAGGGGGACAGGUCAUCCAGAUCCCUGUGGCUGAGAUUGUGGUGGGGGACAUUGCACAGGUCAAAUAUGGUGACCUCCUACCUGCUGAUGGGAUAUUUAUUCAAGGAAAUGAUCUCAAAAUCGAUGAGAGCUCUUUGACUGGCGAGUCCGACCAGGUCCGCAAGUCGGUGGACAAGGACCCGAUGCUGCUGUCAGGCACCCAUGUCAUGGAAGGCUCCGGGCGGAUGCUGGUGACUGCUGUGGGGGUGAACUCCCAGACUGGCAUCAUCUUCACUCUGCUGGGAGCUGGGGGAGAAGAGGAGGAGAAGAAAGACAAGAAAGAUUCUUCCCAUCCCUCCUCCCACCCUCCUCCAGCCACAGAUGGUGCAGCAGGUGCAAAUGCCACUGAUAAUGCAAAUGCCAGCUUAGUCAAUGGCAAGAUGCAGGAUGGGAAUAUGGAGAACAACCAGAACAAAGCCAAGCAGCAGGACGGGGCUGCUGCCAUGGAGAUGCAGCCCCUGAAGAGCGCCGAGGGGGGAGAGGGAGACGACAAGGACAAGAAGAAAUCCAACAUGCACAAGAAAGAAAAAUCCGUCCUGCAGGGAAAGCUGACCAAGCUGGCAGUGCAGAUUGGCAAAGCAGGUCUGGUGAUGUCUGCCAUCACUGUCAUCAUCUUGGUACUGUAUUUUGCCAUUGACACCUUUGUGGUCAACAAGAAGCAGUGGUUGCCUGAGUGCACUCCUGUCUACGUUCAGUAUUUUGUUAAAUUCUUCAUUAUUGGUGUUACUGUGCUCGUGGUUGCUGUUCCUGAGGGGCUCCCACUUGCUGUCACUAUUUCUCUGGCUUAUUCUGUGAAGAAAAUGAUGAGGGACAACAACCUGGUGCGGCACCUGGAUGCCUGCGAGACCAUGGGCAACGCCACGGCCAUCUGCUCGGACAAGACGGGCACGCUGACCACCAACCGCAUGACGGUGGUGCAGGCCUACGUGGGCGACGUGCACUACAAGGAGAUCCCCGACCCUGACUCCAUCCCUGCCAAAACCAUGGAGCUGCUGGUCAACGCCAUCGCUAUCAACAGCGCCUACACCACAAAGAUCCUGCCACCAGAAAAAGAGGGCGGGCUGCCUCGCCAGGUGGGCAAUAAGACGGAGUGUGGCCUCUUGGGGUUUGUCCUGGAUCUGAAGCAGGAUUACGAACCCGUCCGGAGCCUCAUCCCCGAGGAGAAGCUCUACAAAGUUUACACCUUCAACUCGGUCAGGAAGUCCAUGAGCACGGUGAUCAAACUGCCCGACGGCAGCUUCCGCAUGUACAGCAAAGGAGCCUCCGAGAUCGUCCUCAAGAAGUGUUCCAGGAUCCUCAACGCAGCUGGGGAACCUCGCAUCUUCAGGCCCCGCGACAGGGACGAGAUGGUGAAGAAGGUGAUUGAGCCCAUGGCCUGUGAUGGGCUGAGAACCAUCUGUGUGGCUUUCAGAGACUUCCCCAGCAGCCCCGAGCCUGACUGGGACAACGAGAACGACAUCCUAUCUGACCUGACCUGCAUCUGUGUCGUUGGCAUUGAAGACCCUGUAAGGCCAGAGGUGCCAGAAGCCAUCCGUAAGUGCCAGCGCGCCGGGAUCACCGUGCGCAUGGUCACCGGGGACAACAUCAACACUGCGCGUGCCAUCGCCAUCAAGUGUGGCAUCAUCCACCCCGGAGAGGACUUCCUCUGCCUCGAGGGGAAGGAGUUCAACAGGAGGAUCCGAAAUGAGAAGGGAGAGAUCGAGCAGGAGAGGAUUGACAAAAUCUGGCCAAAGCUCCGGGUGCUCGCUCGCUCUUCCCCCACGGACAAACACACUCUGGUGAAAGGUAUUAUUGACAGCACACAGGUGGAACAGAGGCAGGUGGUAGCUGUGACUGGGGAUGGAACCAACGAUGGACCAGCACUUAAAAAAGCUGAUGUUGGCUUUGCAAUGGGCAUUGCUGGCACGGACGUGGCCAAGGAGGCCUCGGACAUCAUCCUGACGGACGACAACUUCAGCAGCAUCGUCAAGGCCGUCAUGUGGGGCCGCAACGUCUACGACAGCAUCUCCAAGUUCCUGCAGUUCCAGCUCACUGUCAACAUCGUGGCCGUCAUCGUGGCCUUCACCGGGGCCUGCAUCACACAGGACUCUCCCCUGAAGGCGGUGCAGAUGCUGUGGGUGAACCUGAUCAUGGACACGUUUGCCUCGCUGGCGCUGGCCACGGAGCCGCCGACCGAGGCGCUGCUGCUGCGCAAACCCUACGGCCGCAACAAGCCGCUCAUCUCCCGCACCAUGAUGAAGAACAUCCUGGGCCACGCCGUCUACCAGCUCACCCUCAUCUUCACCCUGCUUUUUGUCGGUGAGAAAAUGUUUAAAAUUGACAGUGGGAGGAAUGCCCCACUUCACUCUCCUCCUUCUGAGCACUACACCAUCAUCUUCAACACCUUUGUCAUGAUGCAGCUCUUCAACGAGAUCAACGCCCGCAAAAUCCACGGCGAGAGGAACGUCUUCGACGGCAUCUUCAGAAAUCCCAUUUUUUGCACUAUUGUCCUGGGUACAUUCGCUAUUCAGAUAGUAAUUGUCCAGUUUGGAGGAAAGCCAUUCAGCUGUUCUCCCCUGCAGCUGGACCAGUGGAUGUGGUGUGUAUUUAUUGGAUUAGGAGAGCUGGUGUGGGGUCAGGUCAUUGCAACCAUCCCAACAAGUAGGCUAAAGUUUUUAAAGGAGGCAGGGAGGCUCACUGAGAAGGAGGAGGUCCCUGAGGAAGAACUCAAUGAGGAUGUUGAAGAAAUAGAUCAUGCAGAGAGAGAACUCCGACGUGGACAAAUCCUCUGGUUCCGAGGGCUCAACAGAAUCCAAACCCAGAUCCGCGUCGUGAAGGCAUUCCGUAGCUCUCUCUAUGAAGGUUUAGAAAAACCAGAAUCUAGAACCUCUAUUCACAACUUUAUGACUCAUCCUGAAUUUAGGAUAGAAGAUUCCCAGCCCCACAUCCCACUCAUUGAUGACACAGACCUAGAAGAAGACCCUGCUCUCAAGAAAAAUUCGAGUCCACCGUCCUCGCUGAACAAGAACAACAGUGCUAUCGACAGUGGAAUCAAUCUUACAACUGAUACAAGUAAAUCAGCUACCUCUUCUAGUCCAGGAAGCCCAAUACAUAGCCUGGAGACAUCACUUUAGCUGAAAAGGUCACUGCAAAAAAAAAAAAAAAGAAAUAGAAAAAGUUAAAGUAAAAUAAAAUAAGAAACCCCACAGCAACCAAGAUAUAUAAAUAUAUAUAUUAAAAACAUUGCUGGCUGAAAAGCUGUUUGAACUCUUAUUCACUCUGAGACAAGUGAAUGAAUUGUUGAUCACAAUGGUUUUGGGGAAAGAAUGAAUGGCUGAUUUACAUACCCCCCGUUCCCUUUCAGAAAAACAAAAACAAAAAAAAAUCCUCCUGCAUGAAUGUACUGUACACUGCUGGCCCUUCUUUCUUUUUGUUUGUUUUUAUUUCCUUUUUGGGUUUUUUUUUGUUUGUUUUUUUCCUCCUUAAGCAGGAACUGCAGAGGACUUCUUUCUGAGGCUAUUUAUCCAAUUCACUGGUCUGUGAGUUUUUGAAAUGCUUGUGUGGCAUGGACUCAAUUGUAUAGAUUAAUUUAAAUAACUUUUUUGAAGUUGCAAAGCUUAACUUGCACAGUAGAUUUGCACCAGUUGGACAGAGGAACUUAAACAUUUAUGAGACUAUAUAUAGAGAUAUAUACAUAUAAGUAUAUAGAUAAUUAAUUAUAUAUAUGUAUAUAUCUAUCUAUAUAUAUAUAGUUAUAUAUAUAUAAAGUUUCUUUGUUGGCAUGUUGCCUUGUUUCUGCUCAAAUUGCUCUGACUAUUUUAACUUAUUUAUGUCCUAAAAAAGAAUGUAAUUUGUUUACAAACCUGUAGAUAAUAUCCUUAACUAUUUGUAGGGUUAAGAAAGCACUUCCUGCCGAAGUAGUAUAAAAAUGGCUCAGCUCAGCUCAUUGAAAAUGUCUGUACUCUCGCACCCUGGAUAUUUUAUUACAACCGUGCUCUGAUUUCUGCCUGAUUUCUUUUUUUUUGUUUUGUUUUUUUUCUUUUUUGUUAAUAAUGUAGAUACUGCUAGUAAAUAACAAAAGAAGCCAAAAUAUAACACAUUGGAUGUAGCAUUGUGAUCCUAUAUACAGGGAGGUAAACCAGGCUUCCUUUGUUUCAAAUAAAAAUCAAAAUGAUCAGGUUCUCUCCUUUUUUUUUUUCCCUUCCUUCCCUCUGAUAAUCUGCUUGAACUCGUUUUGGUGCAACGUUCAAUAACGGAGGCUAUUUCAUUCUUUAGACAUACAGCAAUGGCUUUGAAAACUAUUUUUAGAGAGACAUUAAAUGAGUUUAUAAUUUAAAUAAGUUAUAUUUGGUUUGUCUAUAUGGAGAUAAAACAAAUGUUAAAAUCUUGUGAUAUACUGUGUUAAUCCUUUUCAAUUAGUACUUUAGGCAUUUAUUUCCUUAUUAUUUGCAAAGUAUGGGCUGUUGGCAUUUUGGAUGAAAAUCACUGUAGGUUGUUGCUUUGAUUUUUUUUAAAGAAAAAUAUAAUUUCUGCACUAUUAGGACUGAAUGAAUCUUUAUUAAUUGUGUAUUGAGAUGUGCUUUGUGUGAUUUUUUUUUUAACCAAGCUUGUGUUCCUGUAGUAACACAGUAAUACAUUAUUUUACCUUGAGCUUUCUACCAAGAAAGCUGCUUUGAAAACCUGCAGUAUGGAAGGUGAAAAACAUUUUUCAAGAUGGUAACAGCCCUAAAAAAGUAAAAAUUAUGAGCUUAUACAAUUGCUAUGUCAACCACUUGAAUGCUAAGCACUUUGUGGAUCACAGAUUUUUCAUAAAUAAUUUUUGUAUUUAAUAUAAAGUUUGCUUGGAGACUUUUCA